AUGCGGCGUCACAGGAAACGACUGAGCGUCGAGGUCGUGAGUGCUCGGAACCUCGAGAGCUCGCAGUCUAUUGACUCGUACUGUGUCGUCGGCCUUUGUGAUGUCAAGUCGAUGAAACGCCGCAGCAAUUACUGUCUUGCUGCUUCAUCGGGUGUGCGAUCGUCGACCGUGACUGGCUCCAGCCAUCCCACGUGGGCCCAUGUGACGGAAUUUGUGCUGCCUGCUCAUCCUGCAAGUGUGAGGCUGAGGGUGGAGCUUUGCAGCAAGAGGAGUUUCUUCUUUGACAUGUUCCCGCCGUCGGCUGAUGGUCGAAAAUUUACAGACGAGAAGGAGGCGCCGGUCGGAAAUGCGUGUGAUCGGUUGGCGUAUGUCGACCCGGACUGGAGGAAGUCUCCCGUUACCAGUGAGCCGCAGGACUGUGUGAAGGGAUCGAAAGGGAUCCAGGACAGUGACAGUGACGAUGUCGCUACGCUGUCUGAGGAGGAGGACGAUGAGGUGGACGAGGACGAGGUUUUUGAGGAAGAUGAUGCAUGGCCGACGGCUGAGGAAGACGCGGCCGUUGCUGCAUUGAAUUUUAACGAUGAGGUGCUGGGCACGAUCGAGAUUAACUCGAGUUUGCUCUGCAAGCCGUCGAGAGUGGUGACGGACUCGUGGUAUAGUUUAUCUGGCACGAGGACAGGCGAAGUGCGGAUCCGCACGAUUUGGUAUGUUGGAGCAAAACGGGCGCUCACGGCCCAGGACCGCGCCGUGUUGUAUGAGGAACAUGUACAACGCUGUGCAGCGAAACCUAUGAAAGACUUUUACGGGUUUACUAUACCGGACGCUGCGAGGGACGAUUGGGUGCACUUGCGCUCGUACCGGGAUUGCCGAGAAGAGCGACGCGUUGAAGAUUGGACGAGGUUAUACGGCACACAAUCUAUUGAAUGCCUUCAGCGUUGUUCAUACAGGGAGAAAGACACUGAGGAAAAAGCUUUACUGCUGCAGCUAGCUCGGAACGGUAUACCACGACAUUUGCGAGAACGUGCGUACAUGCAUCUCUCGGGAGCGAGUAGGAAGCAAGAAACUGCGGGUCCAACUUACUACGUGGAUCUUGUAAAACAAGCAGCGACACUCGAAACGGAGACGUUUAGUCAAAUCGAGCUUGAUAUCGGUCGCACGUUUGGACACUCUGGAACGAUCAUAAGCUGUGAAUCGGGACGUGGACAGCUACGUCGCAUUCUGAGAGCCUAUUCUCUUCGCAAUCCGUCCGUUGGUUAUUGCCAAGGAUUGAACUAUAUCGUGGCGUUUUUGCUGCUUAUCGCGGAUGAGGAAAUUGUCUUUUGGCUUUUGAGCGUGCUCUGUGAGGAUCUCUACCCAGGAUACUACUGUCCCACAAUGGACGGCAUCCGGAGGGAUAUGUUGGUGCUGAAGCAGUUAAUUGCUGAAGAGCUUCCACAGCUCGACGAAUUUUCAUCAGAAGUGGGGCUUCCGUUGGAACUCCUAGGCUCUCAGUGGCUGCUGUGCUUGUUCACGACAACUUUUCCCAGUGAGACGGUGUUCCGGAUAUUCGACUGCAUCUUCAUGGAGGGCUCGUCUUUUGUUUUUCCUGUGAUCAUGGCGCAUUUGCGCCGAAUGGAGCCAACUUUGCUGGCUCUUGACGAGUUCCGCGGCGUGUUGUCUUCAAUUAAGGACGCGGAGAGCGCGUGUGUUGACGGUGACAUGUUCGUGGCUGCCGUUUACAAGGAAGCUGAGCAUGUAACUGCCUCUCGGAUCCAGAGUUUGCGUGAGGAGCAACAUGGGUUGGUGCGGAGCGAAAUGGAGCGAGUCGAACGAGUUCGCACUUUCAAUAGGCAGCUGGCUGUCGUGUACCAGAUCCCUGCGUUCUCGCAUUAUGCCGCGUGCCUCCUUCGUUUCUUUCACGAGGAGGCGGAAGGCUCUUCGCGCUCGGACGUGGCUUUCGUAUUGACCAUGCUCUGCCAUGGUCUUGUGUGGCUUGCGGAACAAUCGAAGCGCUGGAAUGCCUAG